UUCUUGAAGCAAAACCCCCUCUCUUUCCUCUCACCAAAAAGAACAAAUACCCAAAUCACUUUUCAUUUUGAAAUCCCCAUUUCACCAAACCAAUUCCCCUCCUUAUAAAUCCCAUCUCCAAUCCCUCAAAAACAGAGCAAUAAUCCCAACAUUAGAAAAUUUAAAAAAAAAAAAAAAAAAGAAAAGAAACUUCCUUCAUCAUGAUCAAUAACAUCUUCCCCAUCUCCUUCUUCCUCAUUUCCCUCCUCUUCUCCGAAUCUGUUUCAGCUCAAUCUACUCAGCCACCCGGUCCCUCUGGUCCGACAAACAUCUCCGCUAUCCUCGAAAAAGGCGGCCAAUUCUCAACCUUCAUCAAGCUUCUCAAAAGCACCCAACAGAGUGAUCAAAUCAACAAUCAACUCAAUAACUCCAACCAAGGCCAAGGCCUCACUGUUUUUGCUCCCCCUGAUAAUGCCUUCUCAAAUCUCAAACCUGGGACCCUUAAUUCCCUCUCCGAUCAGCAAAAAGUUCAAUUGGUUCAAUACCAUGUCGUCCCAACUUUCAUCUCCAUGUCCCAAUUUCAAACUGUUAGUAACCCACUUCGUACUCAGGCCGGAAACAGCAACGCCGGUCAGUUUCCGUUGAAUGUUACCACUUCUGGCUCUCAAGUUAAUUUGACCACCGGUGUCGACGACGCCGUCGUCGCCAAUACUAUUUAUACCGACGGCCAGUUGGCUGUUUACCAAGUCGAUAAAGUUCUUCUUCCGGUUGAUCUUUUUGGUACUGUGGCGGCGCCGGCGCCGGCGCCUUCUAAGCCGGUGAAGGCUGUUUCGGGUUCUGAUGCUCCUGCUGGUGCUUCGAAGGACACUUCUAGUGACGAUACCGGCGCUGCUCCGGCUAUGAAUUACCGAUUUACGGCGGCGUUUGGAGCGGUUGUUGGAUUUGUGGUGGCGUUUGUUUUGCAUUAACGAGGAUUUAACUUUUGGGUUUAGGGAUUUGAUGAAUGUGAAAUUUUUUGAGUUUACUUGGAGUUGGGAAAUGAACUUGAAGAAUAAUUUUCUUUUGAAUGUCUCUAUUUUAUGAGUUUAUUGUAAUUUUCAGUUUUGUAAUGAAACUUUGAAUUUAAUUUUCUGUUUUGAUUCUCUUAAUUCAAAUGGAAUGUACCCGCCUUAUUGAAUGCUGUUUA